UCCGACCCCGAGUCCAACUUCUUCAGCUUGCACAACCACCUCCUGCAGAGCGUCCGGGUGCCCUACUUCAACGUCCACCCCAUGCCCGUGCACCUGAACCAGCGGCUCUGCGUGGAAGAGGACAGGGGCGCAGAGCUCUAUGCCAAGGAGAUCACUGCCCUGGUGGCCAACGCCAGCUUUGACCUGGUGCUGCUGGGCAUGGGCACCGACGGGCACACGGCCUCGCUCUUCCCGCACUCCGAAAACGGCCUGGAAGGGGCCCAGAGCGUGGUGCUGACGGAAAGCCCUGUCAAACCUCACCAGAGAAUGAGCCUCAGCCUGCCCCUCAUCAACAGGGCCGGGAAGGUCUUCGUGCUGGUUCUGGGGAAGGGCAAGCAUAACAUCACCAGCCUCAUCAGCAGAGUGGGCCACGAGCCAAGGAAAUGGCCCAUCUCGGGCGUCAGCCCCGGCUCUGGCCGCCUCGUGUGGUACGUGGAUUACGAAGCUCUGCUCGGGUGA